GUAUUGGUUCUUCAGGGAGUGUCAAUUUUCCGCUCAUUCGCUAACGUCGUCGCAAAUAGAACACUCAGAGCUGCGAACGUUCUCACGAUUGUUACUACAUACUGCUAAUAAAUUUAUCAAUUAACGAGUUUAUUGUGUAUUUAUUUAACUAAAAUGGAUCCUGCAGUGUUUCCCGAGGAGAUAUGGAUAAAAAUAUUGUUGUACUGUGAUGUACCUGACAUUAUUGCAUUCGGGAGUACCUGCAAAUAUUUAAGAAAAACAUCUGACACCGACUAUCUCUGGAAAAUGAAAUGGCUUCAAUUAUUAACAAAGGUACAUUUUAAAUUUCCUGAUAUAAAAUGUCUCCAAUUGCUCAGUGUAAGUUUUAAAGCAAUGUGUUACCGCCUGCAUAUGGUGAUAACUCUAAAUGAGAACGUCAACGGAGGAACGUUUCCAAAAUGCUACCACUGCAGCGGGUACACAUGUCAGCGUAACUGCGUCGAGGGUUCGAGCGCAAAAGUUGUAAUUGAGAUUGGCAAUAAAUAUACGUGGGUAAUAACACCACAUUCUGGACUACGCAGGCACUUUUCGCUAUUCGGAAUCCCCAAGUGCGACAGUAAAACUCACGUUCAAAAUACGCAUCCGCCACCGGCUGAUAAAUUGAAUGCAGGAGGAGGUACAAGUACAAGUAGUCGCAUAAAGUCUGAUUAUAAAUCUAUAGCCAAGAAACUUAAAUCGUUGAAACUGUCAGAGCUGACGACGACGAAGAUACCGCGUCCAAGCGGGCCUUUCUGCGUUUUCUGCAAUUCUGUUAAACUUUAUAGGGAAAAAAAGAGGUUGAUAACACACCCGCUAGAAGCGAUGUGUUACACCCGGGCUAAUCCACUUUACCAGAAACUAGUAAACGGAUAUUGCACGGACACCAUUGAGGUCCUUGGAAUUCCCAAUGUUGACGUGGUUAGUCCAGCAGAGGCAUUACUCAGCGACGGGUCUUUUUCAGUUUUAAGGACAUUUGUUGAUCACUUGUUCCAUCAAAUGGAACUGACAGCUACGUUGCGGAAACCAAACGCUGUAUUGAUGUUUUGCGAACCGCUGGCAAUGCAGCCAGUGCUGAGGAAACAGUUGCUGCACUAUCUUUUCCAAGAAGUUAAAGUAGCGAGAGUAUGCUUAGUUCCAAAGCCAUUAGCGGCUUGUGCGAUGCUAGACGUCGAGACGUGUGUGGUGGUUGACAGCGGAGCACUCAGCACGACUGUCGCGGUGGUUAUUGGAGGACGAGUGAUUCCGCAUCGCUGGCGAUUGCUUCCAGUUGGCGGAUGGCACGUUGCUUAUCAUCUCAAACAGGCGAUGCACUGGCAGCCUAAAGAGUAUCACCAGAUACCUAUCUCUCAUCUUGACACCAUGGCGGUCAAGGAGAGGUGUAGGUUGAGUUAUAAUAUUGAGAGCGAAGAACUCAGGAAGGGACCUACCAAAAGGGAACAUAUUAAUUUGAGAGUUGAUAGUUAUGCUGAGUAUAAACAGUUUUGGAAAGUGUCAUUAGGUCCAGAGUUAUAUGUAGCGCCAGAGAUGAUGUACAUCAGUCUAGGCCUCCCACAAAUAAUAAAAGAUGUAACAGCCGGCUUAUCAGAAAAUACGAUGCAAGAUUGUUUAUCGCACAUCCUUCUCACAGGUGGUAAUACUGAUCUAGCAGGCUUUGCAUUGAGAUUAAAAAAAGAUUUACGCGAGACAUUGCCCGAGUACGAGUCUGUUCUCGAAGUAAGAAGCUGUCCCGGUACACACAGUUGGAAUGUCGCUAUGGGCUCCACAUAUGUUCCGUUAGCAGUACAUCCCGAUAAAACACCACCUGAGUAUGUUGAAGGUAAUCCAUUUUGGUUAUCCCGCGAAGAAUAUGUUCUCUUUGGUUGUCAAUCAUUGGAAUAAGUAAUUACUCAAUUAAAAGCAAUUUAUUAUUAAGAAUUAAAUAAUUCACGAAUCAUCUCAUUGAAAAUGAAUCGGUAAAAACGGUUAAUAAAGUAGUCGUGUAAUUGAAACAAAUUCGUCCUAAAGGAAUACGAUUUUUCUAUUUAAAAAUUUAAAAAAUCGUAUAAUGUUGAACCGACUAAAUAUAGUUUAUCUCACGUUACAUAUUAACUAAAAUAAACUAUGUUUAUUAAACGAUUUAAUGAAUUAAUCAUAAAUUGAAAAUGAAAUUUAGUCAUUGAUACAUAAUGACAGUAAUAUAUUUAGCACUUGAAACUGAUUUAAAUAAUUUAUAAACGCAAAACGCGAAUUGAUAAUUG